CAACGGCACCGGUGCGAUUAACAGUCAGUUCAUGAUUUUGACCUUUCUUUGUUUAUUUAGCCAUCCCAUGACCGCAUUGUGACUAUCUUAUCUUUUGCACAGGCCAGCUUCACAUGCUUCGUCAUCAUCAUCAUCAUAGCUGGGUUGCCAGCUUAGGUACCAAUUCAUUUUUAUCUCUGGACAUUAUGGAUCAUGACCUGAAAAGACCCUCUUAGGUCGACUAUACCGCCCAGUUGCCCCCACUGUUAUACAUGUACGUCUUGUUAUUUAUGUACAAAUGUCCCAGCUCUUUUAAAACUUUUUCUCCUGUCCAAGCAUCUGUAACCAUCAUACAAGUUGAAAAAAAUGACCAUCAUGAGGGGAGCAUUAUACAUAGAGCCAACGCCAACCGAUAUAACCUCGUCUAAAAAUACACGCAAGAUGCGAUUGAGCGUGGAGAUGUCAUCAAAGCACACAUCUCCGUCAUUAUGGAAGAACGAUAUGCUUAUUUGUUCUUGACAACACCGACCUUGGCGGCGCGCAGCACCCGGCCGUUAAGCUUGAAGCCCUUCUGUUGAACGAAGAAAACAGUGCCGUCCUCCUUAUCAGGCUGGGGAGUCAUAAAAGUGGCCUCCUGCUCGUUGGGGUUGAAUUUCUCGCCCUCGGGAUUGAGUCGCUCGAGGCCGUGCUUCUUAAGGGUAUUCAUGAGGAUAUCUUCGGUCAUCUUGAGACCCUCAUACAGGUUGGCGAGAUCCUCGAGUCCCUCAGGUCGGUCUGGGGCAUUGAGCUUAUCCUUGGGAACCAUUCCAAGGGCGCGGUCGAGGUUAUCGACGCUGUCGACGAGAUCCUUGGCGAAUUUUUGGAUGGCAAAAUCUUUAGCGGCCUUGACCUCACGUGUGGUGCGCUCCUGGAGGUUGCGGAAAUCGGCGACGGUGCGCAUACACUUAUCCUGCAAGAGCGUCAGUCAGAUGUCCCAUGUCAAAUUGUACAUUUAGUUGUCACAAACCUUCCAGUCCUUGACCUCGUUCUCCUUGGCUGCAAGCUCCUUCUUGAGCUCAGCGAGAGGAUCGUUCUCUUUCUCACCCUCAGCGGGCUUUUCCUCGGCUUUGGCCUCCUCAGCAGGCUUGGUCUCAGUCUCCUUAGCGUCACUGUACCAUCUCGACACGGCAGGCUUAACGGAUCUGAGAGCAAAGGCGGGCGCGGCCUGAAAUUGCGACUGAAUAAAAGGUCGGGGGACGGCGACCUUGGGAGCAGCUCGCAGAGCGCGGGAUGAGGUAGCAAUGGCCUGUCGGAACAUUGUGAGGGUAUAUGAGGAAUUGUAUUAUAGAAUUUGGUAGGAACAAAGUAAAUGACGAGGAAGACGAGGAAGACUCGACGGAGAUAGGCUGAUGCACUUAAGUAAGUAAGUGUACAGUGGCUGUGGUGGGUAGGUAAGGUAGGUAUCAGGAAGUUUGGAAGCUCCGAGUCAGGACUGAAAUUUUAGCUGUCGGCAUGAUUGAUUCGCUUCGAAUUUAGAAGGGUCGCGCCGGCUUCUCUUCCGGGGACGGGAAGCUUCCAUUCGGCGGCGGGCAAUAGCAGGGCAGCCAGGGCAAGGGCCAUUGGAUCAGAUGCAUGCCUAAGGUACCCUGGAAGCACUCACUGUAUGUGCGGAUCAACAAAAGCCCGUCACUGCAUCAUUGAUCCAAUUGCUGUCCUGGGCUGUUUCCUCAUGAGGCUGUAGGGUCCACUCUUUUACUGGCCUACGUCGUGCUCUGGCAACCUGGAGGCUAAGGUUAGGUUAGGUAGCUGUUCACUAUGGUAUUGCUUCGACAUUCAUACCUCUAACCACACAACUUCAAGAUCCAAUAACGGCCACUACUACUCUUCAGCGCCCCCAACGUCAAGUCUCCGCCUUCAUAGCGCAUAUCCACUCACCCACGAUCAUAUUCAGCGACACGCGUAAACACACCUUUCACAAUGGCGGCGGCCGAAUCAGCGAGGGUUCAGGAAGCGCAGAAGCUCGCCAAGUCUGAUCCUCGAAAGGCUGAGGCCAUCUACAAGGACAUCAUCUCCAAGGCUCCCAGCACCACAUCCGAUGCUGCCACUCGCGAGUACGAGACCGCUCUGAUCAGUUUAGGAGAGCUGUAUCGAGAUGAGAAGAAUACCCAAGAGUUGGUGACCUUGGUCAAGGAGAGCAGAACCGUCUUCUCUUCUUUCGCAAAGGCCAAGUCAGCAAAGCUUGUCCGUCAACUGCUUGACCUCAUCAAGGAAAUCCCCGAUAGCACCGAUAUCGAAAUCUCCGUCACCAAGGACUGUAUAGAAUGGGCCACCGCCGAGCGCCGCGCGUUUCAGCGACAGGACCUCGAGGUCCGCCUCGUCACUCUCCAGAUGGCAAAGCAAUCCUACUACGAAGCCCUCGGGCUCAUUAACAACCUUCUUCGCGAGCUCAAGCGCCUGGAUGACAAGCUCCGACUCGUCGAAGUUCAGCUCCUCGAGUCGAGAGUUUACCACGCCCUCGGCAACAUCCCCAAGUCCCGUGCCGCUCUUACCAGUGCACGAACAAGCGCCGCUAGCGUAUACACCCCUCCGAUGCUACAGGCCAACCUCGAUAUGCAGAGCGGCAUGCUUCAUGCUGAGGACAAGGACUUCAACACCGCGUUCUCUUACUUCAUUGAGGCUCUCGAUGGCUACCACUCUCAAGAUGAGAGCACCCGAGCUCAGGCUGCUCUUCAGUACAUGCUUCUGUGCAAGAUCAUGCUAAACCUCGUUGACGAUGUCAACAACCUUAUGACUUCCAAGCAAGCCCUGAAGUACGCAGGCAAGAACCUAGAGGCUAUGAAGGCCAUUGCUCGCGCACAUUCGAAUCGAUCACUGGAGGAAUAUGAGCGAGCACUUUCGUCUUACCGAUAUGAGCUCGGUAGCGACGCUUUUAUCCGCAACCACCUUCGCCGCCUCUACGAUGCUAUGUUGGAGCAGAACCUAAUCAAAGUCAUCGAGCCUUUCUCACGCGUCGAAAUCGACCACAUUGCCAAGAUGGUUGGCCUCGACACUCAGCAGGUUGAGCGAAAACUGUCUCAGAUGAUCUUGGACAAGGUCAUUAUCGGGGUUUUGGACCAGGGGGCUGGUUGUCUCAUCAUCUUUGACGAGACGCACCGGGAUGAGUCCUAUGAUGCGGCUCUGGCAACCAUCGAGAAACUGAGCAGUGUGGUGGAUGUACUUUACACGAACCAAGCUUCCAUGCUGGAAUAGAUUAGCAAUGAGAGGCACAAUAGUAGUUGUAUGUAAUAUAUCACACGCUUUUAGACCAGGCGUUUCAAGAGGGAAAAGAAUCGUCCACGCUGAGCGGCAUAUACAUGUAUUCAAUUGCUAGCACAACCAUAUCUGAAACGGAUAACCAAAACUAUAUAUAUGCUGAUGCUUCCAACAGACUGUGCUGCAAGACAGGGGUAUGUAAUCGUAUGCAAAGAAAGCAUAAAGGGUACAACAAGCGGUAUCUGGUAUCUCAAAACAGUAACAGCCACCAAAUCAUGAAACAGAAC